AAUGCCACCAAUGAAUGUUAUUUUCUGCGUUUCGAAAUUGAUAUUCACUGAAAUUGAAAAAUUGUAUGAAGUCACUUUAAUUUUUCACUUAGAAAAUAGAAUACGAUGAUAGCGUUCCCCAAAUUGUUGAGGCAUUCCCAAAAAAUUUACAGGGAAAUAAUAGUGUGUGAGUUAUCAUCGAAACCGAUGAGAACCGAAGAUGAGAGAAAGCGAGAAAUAAUGGGAAGAGGUCUUCCAAAGCAAAAACCGAUCGAAGGAGUAAAACAAAUCCUGAUUGUUGCCUCAGGAAAAGGAGGAGUGGGAAAAUCCACAACAAGCGUAAACCUAGCAACAGCCUUGAAAGUCGUGGAUCCAGGAAAACAGGUGGGACUCCUGGAUGCCGAUGUAUUUGGCCCCACGAUUCCCCUCAUGAUGAAUCUUCAUCAGGAGCCCCUUCUGAAUGACCAGAGGCUGAUGGAGCCCCUCGUUAAUUACGGAGUCAAGUGCAUGUCCAUGGGUUUCCUGGUGAACGAGAAAUCCCCAGUGAUCUGGCGAGGGCUGAUGGUGAUGAGUGCCUUAGACAAACUUCUUCGUCAAGUCGCCUGGGGGCCUCUGGACUAUUUAAUCGUUGACACUCCCCCAGGAACAGGAGACACUCUCCUAUCAUUAAUCCAGAAUAUUCCAGUGAGUGGAGUUCUGAUCGUCACAACUCCUCAGAAAGCCUCAUCAGACGUCGCCAGACGAGGGGCUAAAAUGUUCCAAAAGCUCAAUGUACCUAUUGUUGGUCUCGUUGAGAACAUGAGUACUAUUUCCUGUCCACAAUGUCAUCAUGACGUUCCCUUGUUUGGAGAGGGGACUGAAGCAUUAGCUCUAGAAUUAGGGAUAAAUCUUCUUCAAAAAUUCCCGCUGCACGAAUCAAUAACGAAAAGUGGAGACGCUGGAAAGCCGCUAGUACUAUCGCAAUCGAAUUCUCCCCAAUCAAAAUUAUAUAAAUCUCUUGCCCAAGAUGUCAUUGAUUUUUUGCACAAUCAACGAUAAAACAGAAUAUAAUUUAA